AUGGAGCGGAGAAAGGCCAAAGAAAACAUCGGCCGAAUCAUCGCGAAAAGAACAAGAGAGAUUCGAAUGAUUCAAGCAAAAACAGCAAUGGCUUAUUCAUUCUCUUUUCUUUCUCAACGUAAGGCUUCCAUCUAUCUAUCUAUCUAUCUAUCUAUCUAUCUAGGGCUAUUGAAUCUAUCUAUCUAUCUAUCUAUCUAUCUAUCUAUCUAUCUAUCUAUCUAUGUCAUUCUAUUCCUAUCUAUCUUUUUUACGCUAUUAGGGAUAUUGAAACUAUCCAUCUAUCUAUCUAUCUAUCUAUCUCUCUAUCUAUCUAUCUAUCUAUUGAAUGAAUCUAUAUUGAAUGAAUCUAUCUAUCUAUCUAUCUAUCUAUCUAUCUAUCUGUUAAAACAUUCGCCAGACAAAAUGGUAUCAUUUCCUCGUCUGUCGGAUGAUUCGCUUUAUGCUUUUUUUUUACCUCCUGCCAGUAAUCGUUCUCUCUUAGUUCAGUAUCUAUCUAUCUUUUUUUAUCUCUCUCAAAUUGUCAUUAUCUAUCUAUCUAUCUAUCUAUCUAUCUAUCUAUCUAUCUAUCUAUCUAUCUGUUUUUUUUCAAAUUGUCAUUAUCUAUCUAUCUAUCUAUCUAUCUAUCUGUCAAAUUUUAAUAUCUAUCUAUCUAUCUAUCUAUCUAUGUCAAUUUUUCAUUAUCUAUCUAUCUAUCUGUUUUUUCUCAAAUUGUUAAUAUCUAUCUAUCUAUCUAUCUAUCUAUCUAUCUAUCUAUCUAUCUAUGUCAAUUUUUCAUUAUCUAUCUAUCUAUCUAUCUAUCUGUUUUUUCUCAAAUUGUUAAUAUCUAUCUAUCUAUCUAUCUAUCUAUCUAUCUAUCUAUCUAUCUAUCUAUCUAUCUCAAUUUUUCAUUAUCAUUAUGUCCAUAUCUCAGUCAUUGUAUAUCUUUCUCUCCUAUUCAAUCUACGGUAUUCUGCCCCUUCUCUCUCAUUAAUUGUUUACUAG